UGUGGGAUGUGAGGCCCAAUAAGAAGUCGAUGAAAACAAUACAUUAUCCUAUUUGGUUCGGCUUUGUGGUGUGCGUGCUUCUUCUUCCAAUGCACUUCUGAAUUGCACUGACCCGAGCUCCCAUGCCUUUGUUAGAGAUAACAAAUGCGCAACUAUCCUUCCGGUAUUCACUGACAAUCCCAAUGCCACACCAUCAUGCUAAAGGAGGAGGGUCUUGGAUUUCCUUCCGCAGCCUUAGAAUUAGAAACUUGAAUGUCAUUAAGGCUGUUGCCACCUUGGAUGCUAAACCUCGCUUGGAUUUGGAUGCACCUCACCCGCCUGGCUUUUUGCUCGAAUUCUCCGACCCACCUGAUGAUAGGGAGAAGUUGAGAAGAUUGAGAAUUUCCAAAGCUAAUAAAGGAAACACCCCCUGGAACAAAGGACGAAAGCACACUCCUGAGACUUUGCAGAAAAUCAAAGAAAGAACAAGGCUCGCAAUGCAGAAUCCUAAGGUCAAAAUGAAGCUCAUUAAUCUUGGGCAUGCACAAACUACAGAAACAAGAAAGAAGAUUGGUGUUGGAGUGAGAAGGCGAUGGGAAAAGAGGCGUGGAAAGAAAAUGGUGCAGGAAUCUUGCUGCACUGAGUGGCAGAAUUUAAUUGCAGAAGCUUCUAGGCAAGGCUAUGUUGGUCAGGAAGAGCUGCAGUGGAAUUCUUAUGAAACUGUGAAUGAACAGCUGAAGCAGGACUGGUUGAUGAGUGUUGAACAGAGGAAACAAAUGGCAAGGACACCAUCUAGCAAAAGAGCACCCAAGUCCCCUGAACAGAGAAGGAAAAUUGCAGAAGCCAUUGCUGCCAAAUGGGCUGAUCCUGAAUACCGCGAAAGAGUUUGUUCUGCAUUGGCCAAGUAUCAUGGCAGUGAAGUUAGAGCUGAAAGGAAACCUAGAAGAAGGCCAAGUGAUGGUACCCAACCUACCAAGAAGAAACCUGCAAAAAAAAGAGAUAUUGAUACUAGCGCUCAUGUUAAGAAUGACUCCAAGACCCGUAAGCCUAUCCUGUUGAAAAAAAGCAAAUCCCCAGCCUAUAAGGAUCCUUUGGUGAAUUCUAAGCUUGAAAUGAUUAAGAAUAUUAGAGCACAGAGAGUUGCCGCAGAAACCACACAAACUCAGGCCAUUGAACAAGCAAGAGUAUUGAUUGCUGAAGCUGAGAAGGCUGCCAAGGCACUCGAGGUUGCUGCGACAAAGAGUCCUAUUGCACAGUCUUCUUUGAUAGAAACCAGAAAGCUAAUAGCUGAAGCUAUUCAAUCACUUGAAUCCAUUGAUACACAAGCUAUAACUGAGGAAAAAGGAUCAGCAUUUGAAGUUCUAAACCAAUCUCAAAUGGCCCAAGUAAAUGGACACACAAUGUUAUCAUCAAGUGACUACAAGUUCUCUGAAGAUUUUGGCAAAUUUUCCUUGGAGAAGCCAGUUAAUGGUGAUGCUGAACUUCUGCUAACCAAUGGUUGCACAUCCUUACCUUUUAGUUUGAAUAGUCAGAUGAAUGAAUCUAGUCCAUCAAAUCAACAAAGGGAAGCAGAACAGGAUCAGAGAAGUGAAUACGAAACAGAUCCUUCUCCAACAGUGAUGGGAAUUCACUCCCUUGAAAAUCAGACAAUGUCUGUAGUAACUAAAAAGUGGGUUCGUGGAAGGCUCGUUGAAGUGGCUGAAGAGAAACAAUAAAAUGGGUAAAAAAGCUUAGCUCAGUUUUCAAACAUUAAUACAAAGCAAUGUCAUAUUGUUUGUUGCGUUAUAAAGAUCAUAAAUGCACGAAUAUUUUCUGCUUUAAUAGUGUGAUCAUUGCUUGCUCACCCAUUCACUCCUUGAAAUCAAGAGGUGAGUUGUAUCAGCCCUGCAACAGCCAACUACGUGUAGUAGACAGAUGGAGGAAGACUAAAAUAGAUAGCUAUCACUAAGGAAAGAGGGGUGGUUCACUGGAUACUUGUACUUGUUUUAGUCAUGUUACAUUAAACUGAGUUAAUCGUAUAAUUAUUGUUACAUUACAGCGUAUCAGUUGAUCUUCUGAGUAGUUUUGUAGCCACUGCACAGAUUUGAACCCAAGCAGUCAGCUUGGAGAAUCUAUUACUACUACACUUGAAUUAUGAAGAGUAGGGUAGUGUUGCUCAAGGGUCUACGAAUUUUUCUUUUACAUUUUUUUGUUCAAAUA